GACUUAUCACUAUGGGGGAUAUGAAGACCCCUGAUUUCGAUGACCUCCUUGCAGCCUUUGACAUUCCCGACAUUGAUGCGAAUGAAGCCAUACACUCUGGGCCAGAGGAGAAUGAGGGGCCAGGAGGCCCAGGGAAGCCGGAACCCAGUGUAGGGGCUGACUCUGGAGAAGCAACAGCCACAGCUGCUGGGGAUGGCUCUGGGGCUCCAGCCCAAACCUCUGACCACAGCUUGCCGCCACCAGACAUCUCAGCUGUUAGUGUCAUUGUCAAGAACACUGUGUGUCCUGAGCAGCCUGAGAAUCUUUCUGGCGGUUCAGGAGGGGAAGGGACUCGAGCUGUGGGGAUGACUAAGGAGGCAUCUGUGGGUACCCGUCUAAUGCAGAAUGGUUUUGGGAGUCCUGAACCAUCCCUCACAGGGACCCCUCACUCCCCAGUUCCUCCCAGUGGAGGUUCCUGGAAAGAAAAGGCCAUGGAAGGCAAAGCUCCUUUGGACCUUUUUGCACAUUUUGGGCCUGAGCCAGGGGAGCACCCUGAUCCAUUGCCUCCCUCUGCACCCUCCCCACCUCGAGAAGGGGCUAUGACUCCACCGAACUUCUCCUCUCCCUUUGCACUGGCCCGGGAGAAUGGCCCAGCUCUGUUGCCACCUGAAUCUUCCCCACCCCUGGUGGCCUUGAAGCAGGAGAGCUGCAGCCCCCUUCGUCCUCAGGACCUUGUCCAGCAAGGCUCUGGAUCCAGCCCAGACGCCACAGACAUGCCUGCCAGCGCCUCACCUCCCCCCGCUGCUGGGGUCCCGUUCUUUAAGCAGUCUCCUGGGCAUGAAAGCCCUCUUGUCUCCCCUGAGGUGCCUGACUGUCAGCCUCUAAAAGAAGAGGGAGAAGAUGAUGAGGGUCCGGUGGAAAAGUCUCUCCCAGGAAGUCCCCAGAGUCCCUCUAGUGGAGCUGAGGCUGCAGAUGAGGACAGCAAUGACUCCCCUGGCUCCUCCAGCUCCUCUAGGCCCCUCAAGGUGCGGAUCAAGACCAUUAAAACAUCUUGUGGAAAUAUCACAAGGACUGUAACUCGAGUUCCCUCAGACCCUGACCCCCCUGCACCCUCAUCUGAAGGGGCCGUCCUGGCUGAGGCCAGUCUCCUAAAGCUGUCCCCUGCACCCCCGACCCCUGAGGGUCCAAAGGUGGUGAGUGUCCAGUUGGGUGAUGGCACAAGGCUAAAGGGCACUGUGCUGCCUGUGGCCACCAUCCAGAAUGCCAGUACCGCCAUGCUGAUGGCAGCCAGUGUGGCCCGUAAAGCUGUGGUCCUGCCUGGAGGAACUGCCACUAGCCCUAAAUCAAUGGCCAAGAAUGUGCUAGGCCUGGUGCCCCAAACCCUGCCCAAGGCUGACGGCCGGGCCGGGCUGGGGACAGCGGGGCAGAAGGUGAACGGAGCCUCUGUGGUAAUGGUGCAGCCUUCAAAGCCAGCCACUGGCCCAGGGGCAGGUGGUGGCACAGUGAUCUCACGGACCCAGUCCAGCUUGGUGGAGGCCUUCAACAAAAUCCUCAAUAGCAAGAACCUGCUGCCUGCCUACAGGCCAAACCUGAGUCCCCCGGCUGAGGCAGGCCUGGCCCUACCCCCAACAGGCUACCGCUGCCUUGAGUGUGGGGAUGCCUUCUCCCUGGAGAAGAGCCUCGCGCGGCACUAUGACCGCCGGAGCAUGCGCAUCGAGGUUACCUGUAACCACUGUGCCCGCCGCCUGGUCUUCUUCAACAAGUGCAGCCUGCUGCUGCAUGCACGUGAGCACAAGGAUAAGGGGCUUGUCAUGCAGUGCUCUCAUCUAGUCAUGAGGCCUGUCGCCCUUGACCAGAUGGUGGGGCAGCCGGACAUCACACCCUUGCUACCGGUGGCUGUUCCACCUGUCCCUGGACCUCCAGCCCUGCCUGCCUUGGGCAAGGGUGAAGGGGCUGUCACCUCCUCCACCAUUACUACAGUUGCUGCUGAGGCCCCUGUGUUGCCACUGUCGACUGAACCACCUGCUGCGCCUGCCUCCUCUACUUACACAUGCUUCCGCUGCCUGGAGUGCAGGGAGCAGUGCCGGGACAAGGCUGGCAUGGCUGCCCACUUCCAACAGCUCGGACCCCCUGCCCCUUGGGCCACCAGCAAUAUGUGCCCGACCUGCCCUAUGAUGCUCUCCAAUCGCUGCAGCUUCAGUGCCCACCAGCGCAUGCAUAAGAACCGGCCUCCUCACGUCUGUCCUGAGUGUGGGGGCAACUUCCUGCAAGCAAAUUUCCAGACCCACCUUCGAGAGGCUUGUCUGCAUUUCUCACGUCGAGUAGGAUACAGGUGUCCCAGCUGCUCAGUGGUCUUUGGGGGUGUGAACUCCAUCAAGUCUCACAUCCAGACGUCACACUGCGAGGUUUUCCACAAGUGCCCCAUCUGCCCCAUGGCCUUCAAGUCUGCACCCAGCGCCCAUGCCCACCUCUACACCCAGCAUCCUAGCUUCCACACGCAACAGGCCAAGCUGAUCUACAAGUGCGCCAUGUGUGACACCGUCUUCACUCACAAGCCCCUCCUCUCCUCACACUUCGACCAGCACUUGCUGCCUCAGCGAGUCAGUGUCUUUAAGUGCCCAUCCUGUCCUCUGCUCUUUGCUCAAAAAAGGACCAUGCUGGAACAUCUCAAAAACACUCAUCAGUCUGGACGUUCAGAGGAAGAAACUAAUGGAAAAGGGGCUGGGGGUUCCCUCCUGACUCCUAAGACUGAGCCCGAGGAGCUAGCUGUUUCUCGUGGGGAGGCCGCCCCCACUGAGGAGUCAUCUUCAUCUACAGAAGAAGAGGAGCCACCCAGCUCCCCCGAGCCUCCCCGCCCAACUAAGCGACCCAGGAGGGAACUGGGGAACAAAGGCAUCAAGGGCGGGGGUGGGGGACCUGGAGGUUGGACCUGUGGUCUUUGUCACUCUUGGUUCCCUGAGCGUGAUGAGUAUGUGGGUCACAUGAAGAAAGAACAUGGCAAGUCAGUGAAAAAGUUUCCCUGUCGCCUGUGUGAGCGUUCCUUCUGCUCUGCCCCCAGCCUGAGGCGCCACGUCAGGGUCAAUCACGAGGGUAUCAAGCGAGUUUACCCUUGCAGGUAUUGCACAGAGGGAAAACGCACCUUCAGCAGCCGCCUGAUCCUGGAGAAGCAUGUCCAGGUCCGCCAUGGCUUGCAGCUGGGAGCCCUGUCACCUGGUCGGGGCAGUGCCCUGGCUCGAGGUCCUGGUGCCAGAGCCCAGGGGUCAGGACGGAAACGCCGCCAGUCGUCUGAUUCUUGCAGUGAGGAGCCAGACAGCACAACACCACCGGCCAAGUCUCCCCGAGGUGGACCUGGGCCUGGAGGCCACGGUCCCCUGCGCUGUCGGAGCAGUGGCUCAGAGCAGAGUCUCAUGGCGGGGUUGAGGGUGGACGGUGGCACCCAGCAGUGCCUCGACUGUGGCCUCUGCUUUGCCUCCCCAGGCUCCCUCAGCCGGCACCGGUUCAUCAGCCAUAAGAAGAAGAGGGGUGUGGGUAGUACUGGUGCCCUUGGGCUGGGAGAUGGGGAGGAAGAUGCCCCCCAUCCAAAGUCUGACCCAGAAGGUGGAGAUUCACCUUUGCCUGCUUCUGGAGGCCCACUGACCUGUAAGGUCUGUGGCAAGAGCUGUGAUAGCCCUCUGAACCUCAAGACCCAUUUCCGCACGCAUGGCAUGGCCUUCAUCAGGGCUCGGCAGGGGGGCAGUGGGGAAAACUAG